UCAUCUUUGUUGUAAAUAGUAUAAUAAUGUAUGCCCACAUGCAUACAGUAGACAUAUCAUAUGCUUAAUAGGGUUUUUGUUUGUUUCCAUGGUGAUGCUCUAUAAAUAGAGCUUUACGAACGUUCAACUGAGUAGAGAGAAAAGGAAGAGAAAAAUAUCUAAUAGUAAUAAUAUACAUUACUUCCUCUGCAACAGCUUGUAUUGGUAUAAUACUCUGCAACUGCUUCAUUCCUAUCCCGAAUAAAGAAAAGAAAAUGACGAACUUGGCUAAGCUUGAAUAUGCUGCCCUGGACAUUACCGGGAAGAAUUACCUUACUUGGGUACUUGAUACCAAGAUCCAUCUGGAAGCAGGGAAUCUUGGAGAUACCAUCAGGGAAGAAAGCAGCUCAUCUUCUCAAAAUCGGGCGAAGGCUAUGAUCUUUAUUCGCCGCCAUCUUGAUGAGGCACUAAAGAGUGAGUACUUAACGGUUGAAGAUCCGUUAGCUCUCUGGGAGGCCUUACGAAGCAGAUAUAAUCACCAGACAACGGUGAUUCUUCCAAAAGCUCGCUAUGAGUGGUCUCACCUGAGAAUUCAGGAUUUCAAAUCAGUGGCGGAGUACAAUUCUGCGUUGUUCAGGAUUACCUCUCAGAUGAAGCUCUGUGGGGAUACCAUUACUGAUGAAAUAUUGCUGGAAAAGACUUACAGCACAUUUCAUGCCAAUAACGUGCUCCUGCAGCAGCAGUAUAGAGCGCGAGGCUACACUGAAUACAACCAGCUGAUAUCUGUGCUCCUGGUAGCUGAACAGAACAAUGAGCUCCUGAUGAAAAACCAUAAUUCCCGACCUACUGGAUCUGCACCAUUCCCAGAAGUAAAUGAUACUUCCCUCGAAGUGAACGCCACAUCCUCUGGUGGUAAUUAUCAUAAACAAGGACGUGGCCACAAACGAGGUCGAUGGAAUAAGAAAGGCAAGAACCAUGGUGGUCAGUUUCACAACCAGGUUCAGAGGCAUAAUUCUGGCCCGAGCUUCAAAAAUGUGAAUCGUCACAAAGGCAAAGCUAACAUGACCAAUGCUCCCAGGAACUCUGAAGGAGCUUGCCAUAGGUGUGGUGGCAAUGGGCAUUGGGUGCGAACUUGUCGUACCCCAAAACAUCUGGUGGAGUUGUAUCAAGCCUCCCUCAAGAAGAAGGGUGUCGAGACCAAUUUUCUCGACCAGGCUAAACCAAUGGAUAUACCUGAUCCAGUGUUUGAUUUAUCAGGGCAAUUUGACGCAACUCACCUAGAUGUUUCAGACUUCAUUACGGAAAGGGGGAAUGAAGUAUAUCGGUCCGACUAAAUCGUUUAUGUUUGAUGUACUUUUAUUAUGCUGAACUUGUUGUCUAAAACUAGUUUUUCAGAUUCAAUAAAAAUGGCAUGUAAAUUUCCUGUUAUAAAUUGUUUGUUAACUGUGAUUCCAUUUACUCAGAAAGCAUGGAUAAAAACUGUGGUUAUUCUCAGAACAUAAGAAAUGGCGGAGAUAUUUGUCUUGCAGACAGUGCAACCACACAUACAAUACUUCGUGAUCGAAAGUAUUUCUCAAGCUUAAUGCUUACAAAAAUCGGGGUAACAACAAUAUCAGGACCUUCAGAUGUGAUUGAAGGCUCAGGGAAAGCCCAGAUUAUGUUACCAAAUGGAACAAUAUUAUCCAUACAAAAUGCAUUG